CUUUCGGAAAGCGUCUUUGGUUCCGUUUACUAGAAGUUGGUCAUAGAAAGGUGACAACAAAAAUGUCAUAACUAAGUAACUUUUCUAAUCAAUUGCUGAUUCCAUAUAAAAAUAAGAUAGCACAGGUAAAUUUACUAUUAUAUAGUUACCCACUUUUGCCCCUGCCCGGGGUUGAACUCACGACCUGCGGAACCAAAUCUCCUAGCAGCGUGUGACCAGUGUGCUAGACCUCUCGGCGAUUCUAGACAAGUCAAAAAACUUGUUUCGAUAAUGAUGAAAUUCUCGCCAUGAUGUCACAGGCUACACGAUCAUUGAGAAUGGAAAUGGGAUGGAGUCAUUUGACGUUUGGCUUUGUGCCAAGUGUCAAAAUGUCAUUCAGUACAUCAGAAGAUGACUUGGGAGUAUUUAAAGAAAAACCACAGAAGAUAACUGUGAAGUCGGUGGCAAGAUAUGCCUUGGUUUUUAUGCUUGUGGCUGUCAUGGUGGCCUCUUUGACAACUUUUGUUGUGGGGGUGUUUACAUUGGAGGCAGAGUAUGGUAGUAGGGUAGUGUCUGGUCUGGUAGGGGAAGGCAUGUACCAAGUGGACUCCCUCAUGAUGAUCUCAGCAGGGGCAGGAGCCAUUCUGGUGUCUUCGCUCGGACUUUGUGGAGUCCUAUGCAAGAAUAAGUGCAUGCUGGGAUUGCACCUGGGGAUUCUAGCCUUUCUUUCAAUAACAUUACUAGUAGCAGGAAUCCUGGGUUAUAUUUUCAUAUCAGAGUUAGAAGAUACAGCGAAGAAAUCUAUGAUUGAUGUUAUAACUUACAAGUAUGGAGUCAAUACAGACCGGAACCGUAAACACAAUUCUAUCACUACAAGCUGGGACAGUGUACAACGUUCAUUUAAAUGUUGUGGAGCGUAUGGUGAUGAGAACAGCACCACCUCUUGGUAUGCCUAUCGAUUGUCCAGCUUCUGGUUCCAGGACAAUUUUUCAAAUGGGAGUCUGGUGCCAAAGAGCUGCUGUGAACCCAACAGUGACAUGGAAAGGUGCCAGGGACAUGUGUCCUCCAAUGCACCCCCAUCUCAAAUCCCUCCAGUCAUUAACAGCCCAGUCAAUUAUACUUUGUACACAACAGGAUGCUAUGACCAACUUGAAGAAUAUAUUCAGCAGAAUGGAAUUAUCAUUGGCACAGCAGCUAUUGUGACGGCUGUUUUCAUGCUUGUGGAGAUGAUUCUUGGAAUAAUAGUCCAUCGAUCCUCCUGAAUUUCAGUAGCAGACUUAACGUUUGCCUUUGCAGAUUUUUCUUAAGCAAAUUUCUGUUUUUGUUUUCAUCUGUGAUAGAUUUUUGUUUCACUUUAUCAUCUGUCUUUCUCAACCUUAUGACCGUGAGUGAUGUUUGAAACAUGUGUUUAAUGCUAAAAACCAUUUACCUAUCUUUAUUAUCCUUAUGACCUUGAACUUAACCUACAGUUAAAAUGUAGCAGAAGGUGACACACAUGUUCUUUGAUGUUCAUACAUUUUGCUCUUUAGCGGCUUAAGUUAAUAAUGCAGUUUAAAAUCAUAUUCAGACAAAACUUAAUUUUUGAAUUAAUUACAUUUAUACAUAUCAACAAAUUAAAUGAAAAAAUUAUGUAUUUAUACUACUUAAUAUAUAUACUUGCACGUGUGUCUUUUUAGAUGGAACCAAGAAAUUGGUUUCCAAUUUUUUGUUGUUGCUCAUUUUGUAAUAUUCCAAGACAACUGUAAGAUGUCACAAGAUAUUUAUAUUCUUAAAUUAUUGUUUAUCACAGAUAUCAUGAAUGAGGUAUGGAUUCUCUGUUGAAAUGCAUGCCUCCACCUUCAGAGAAUUGACAAUUUUUGAUAAGAAUAUACUGUGCAUGUAUUGUUUUUGCACAUCUUGAAUAAUGAUGAGAUGGGGACUGUGUCUCAAUUUGCUUUGAACAUAUCCAAGGGUUUGAAUUUGUAAACUUGGUGAUACUGUAUUUGAUAAAAACUUGCAUUUGAGCAAUGAUCUGUUUACUUUUAGAUUUGUCUCAAAUAUUGCUUGAUGUGUAUUUUUGGUAUUAAAACUGCAUAAUAAAUUACAGUUUUGUAAGAAAUCAGAACCUAUGAUCAACUCUCGACUUGAUUUGAAAGAAUACUCAAUUUUUAUUUAUAAAAUCGUGUUGUCCUACUUGUGCUUUAAAAGUUUAGCAGGCCAGUAAUGAUAUGUAUUUGUGUAAUACAGUGACAAUAAUUAUGAAAUGGUACUACACCACUACCGGUUUAACCAUGUAAUGGUAUGUACCAGUGCAAUGAUUCACCAAGAGAAGUUGAAAUGUGAUUUGCCUUUUGCAGUAGCUCUAUGGAUGGCCUGCUGACAUUGAAGCAUAUAUUCUUUUAAUCUACACAUUAUCAUCUAGCUCUGAAGAUGCAUCUGGUUCCUAAACAAAUCUCCUUAUCACUGUAGGACCGUGACUUGAAAAAUCAGUGAUAUCUGUCAAAGUCCGAAUUUAAGAAUUAAUACAGUUGAAGUGGGUUAACCUAGUACAUGAAUUUUAUUACGGAAUAUUGUAGAAACACGAAUACUAUUUAAGCGAGAGUUAAUGUUGUUUAUUGUUAGAAUGGGCACCUAUUGUACUUCUUCCCAAAUCUUCCGUAAUGAAAUGUAUAUGAAUUGUCUAAUCUUUCUAAAUAACAGGGGUUCAUUGUUAUUUUUGUUGUUGUUUUUUAAAUACAAUUGUAUUUCAAUUAGUUGCCACUUGGGCAUUUUCUGAUUACUUUUUAAAUUCUUUUUCUCUCAGGUAUAUAUAGAUCUGUAUAUAAAUUUAUUUUAAUAUUAUGAUUCAUGCAGUCAUGUAAAUAAUUUUUACUUGAUGUGUUCUUUAAAUUUGAAAUGAUCUGUUUCCCUAGUGAAAAAAAUUGUAUACAUGUUAUGUUUGAAUGUAUUGGCCAUUUGACGCAUUUGAAUGGAUUCCAGUAUUAACAUUUAAGUGGUUCAUAUUAAGUUAUACUUAUUUUGUACAGCAAUAGAAUUCAUUUUUAAUUCAAAGGAACAUUCUUAAGCAGAUUCAGAAUUACUAUAUCUAUUCAUUAUCAGUGAAGGAUAAAGUUGUGCGUCUUUAUUUUAUAUCUAUUAAAUCUGACAUUUUGAGGCAUUACUUUUUCUUUCACAUGUUUUGUAAUACUGUAUCUGUAACGUUAUUGGUUUUAAUAAAUCGUAUGAAUAUCA